UCGCCUCUGAUAAAACCUAUCUGAUUUUAUCAGAAGCCCUGCAAAACCCUAGGCCCUAAAACGCUUCUCGUUUUGUUCUCUGCAAAAACCCUUUUUACUCUCUCGAAGCAAUGAUUCAAGGGGGCAAGAACCUUGUUUACAGGCCUCCAGCCUUCUCAGGCGAUGGCAAGAGAUUGCUUGUAUGCACAGGAAACACAGUCUCUAUCUAUGGGACCUCUACGGGUUUAUUGAUAACAGAAUUGGUGGGUCAUACAGCAACUGUCACCUCGGUGAUUGUUUUACCAGUUGCAGCUCCUGCCAGCAAAAUUGCUUCCUACUGUUGGACUUCUUCAUUGGAUGGGACAAUCCGGUAUUGGGAUUUUUCUUCCUCACAGUUGAUAAAGACAUUGGAGGUUAAUCAUUCGAUCUAUUCCAUGGUGAUUCCUAAUAUAUCUGGCCCACCAGCUGAUGAUAAUGGGGAGAAGGGGGAUCUUUAUGCUUUGAUUUCAGCUGAUUCUUCAAAGUCAUCGGCCCAGCAGAGAGGGUUGUCAGGACAAAUUCUGGUCUAUAACUUGACGAAGUCAGUGCUAUUAAAAAACACUGUUUCAGAGACAUUGAAACCAGAAACUCUUGUUGGCAGCUAUUCUGGGGAAUUUGUUGGCAUAGUGACGGCUAGAAGGCUUCUCAUAUGGAAGCCCCCCCGGAAAAAUACAGAUUGGGUAAACCUUGGAAAGUUUAGAGUACGCCUGCACCACACAAAGUCAUUCACAACACUAGCGUUUCAUCCUUCUGAGAGGAUCGUGGCUGGCGGUGAUAUAACUGGAAGAAUUUUGAUAUGGAGAGGAUUUGGCAAACGAAGAUUCGCAAAACAAAGCUUAACUUCAAGAAGGGAUGUGGAGAAUGAGGAAGAAAGACCUGGAGUGAGAGGUAAUGAUGAUGCAGAAUCCUGUGCGACAUGGCACUGGCACUCUACCGAAGUAAAAUUUCUGUCUUUCUCUUCUGAUGGAGCAUAUCUAUACUCAGGUGGAGGUGAAGGAGUUCUUGUGGCAUGGCAGCUGGAUACAGGAAAAAAGACAUUUCUUCCACGAUUUGGAUCUGCACUGCGAUACUUUGUGGAUUCUCCAGAUCCUUCUCUUUCCUCUAUCUCUUCUGCGGAUAAUCAAAUCCACCUUGUUAAUUUGCAAGCAAUGAAAGUCUUGAAGUCCAUCCCAGGAAUCAAGCUUCCUUUUGCCAUUCCAGAGAUCUAUGAGGGCUUAUGGAGUAAUGGAUUUGCUGUUGUUUCCAGUGCUGGAUUAGUUGCCCUACGAACUGAAAAUUAUGGCGUACAGUUCUAUAGCUUGCUUCAUGAUCGCGAAAUUACCCAGGUUGUGGUCUGCAACAGGAAUUACCAGACAAAUGAUGACGUCACGGUUGUUGUGAGUCUGCUAGCUUUGUCGGGAGAUGGCUCUGAGAUGAGCACUGUUGAGGUUAGGCUUCCGGAAGAAGGGAUAGGUGGUCUUGUUUGUCUGAAGUUCUGGGAAUGUGGCUCUCAUAGUGGUGACUUUGCCUUAUCGACCGUCAUUUAUGACCCUCAUGGUGAUGCAGGCAUAUCUGCUGUUGCAUUUCAUCCUACCCGCAGUAUGGUUGUGAGCUCUUCCUAUGGUGGUAACUUUAAGAUUUGGAUUCGGAGCAUGGACAUACAGAAGAAAGAUGGAAGUCUUCAAAAAGGUGGUUGGAGAUGUCAAUCCAUUGGCACAUACAAAAAGAACCCUAUGACUGCUGCUGCAUUUUCUGCAGAUGGGUCUGUCCUGGCUGUGGCUGCAGGAUUUGUCAUCACGUUAUGGAAUCCUAAUACCAACACACUUGUUGCAGUUAUGGGAGAGACCCCUGAGCCGAUUGUAGCACUUUCUUUUAUUCCAAAUGCAGAGCAUCUAUUGUCUGUAUCUCGAGGAUCAAACCCCCAGUUAUCUGUUUGGAACUUGUCAAAGUUGUCAUUGUCGUGGGCUUAUGCUCUUUGUGCAGAAGCCAUGGCCUGUGAUAUGAACAGUUCAAAAUUUGCUGUUCUGGUCCUUGCUCCUGCUAAAGUUCUCAGUGGAGUUUCAUCACACAGAGAUGGGCUGAUUUUACUAUUUGAGGCUGAAGAUGCAGUUCCUAUUGCCACUUGGUGUGUGAAGAAGGCCAAGGGAGGCGGGCUUGCCUUCUUACAAGAAGACCAUUUCACCAAAACAGAGAACACUACCAAUGGAAAAAUAGACGGGAAGUCAUCAACGAGGCUUGUGUAUUUGAAUGGGGAUCACGAAUACAUAGUCUUUAAUCCCUUCAACAGUGGAGACGAUACAACCAGCAAACCCCAUGACUGGUACCACCCCUUAGAGAAUGAAGAGCCAUUCGGGUACAAAGCUAUGUAUGGGAAGCUACCGGACUCUACUGAUAAGAGAGAGAAUUUGGAAACGGUUGCAUUCGAACUCACAGACAAACCUUGGGAGACACUUUUCAGUGGGUCUUCUCAUGUCCUCCCUCCUUUGUCCAAGUUAUGCCAUGUCUUUUUGGCUUCUCUACUAGAAAAGAAAAAGGAGGUGACAACCUGAUGUGAUCAAAUAUUUUGGUGGGGAGAGACGUGAUUUAUUAACCCAAAUCUAUUCAAGAGAGCAAGGGGAGUUGGUCAUCCUCACGGAGGGAGAGAGAGAGAGAGAGAGGAUGGGCAGACAACCGGAUUUCAAUGAGUUGGGAUUCUACAGGUGUAGUAAAGUAUUUACAGAGAGAGAGAGAGGUGGGAUUCUACAGGUGUAAUAAAAAAUUGUGAGGGAGAGAGCGGUGGGAUUUUACGUGUAAUGAAAUAGAAUUUAUGGAGCUCAUUAAACAGGCCAUGUAUCAUCAGUUGCUUCUCUGUUUUUUCAGAGAGGGCAUGUAAGACUACUAAAGGAAGAUUUUGUAAGAAAUGGUGAGUUUUUCUUUUUCUUUUCUAUAUGAAAUAACCUGAAAGUUUUAUUUGACAAA